AUGUCUAAAUAGUAGCAAAAUAUGCAAAAGCUUGCUUAUAAAAUAAAAUCUUGCUCUAGCGAAGAACAAACUCAUCGCGUAAGUGAGCUUUUAAUGCAAUCUCCUUAAUCAAAAGGCUGGUAAUCGAGUAGAUUUUGUGACUAUCCUUAAGAGAUAGUACUUCAAUUUCAUUCACCAGUGAGAGUUAGACAAAUAUAGUUUCUUUCUCACUAAUAUAAAAUAGCUUCUCGCAUAGAAAUAUUCGUUUACAUGCCAGACCAAAAUACUCCAUUUAUCAAUACUGAAUUCAAAUAUAAAAAGCUCGGAUAUUUAAGUUUAGAUUCAAAUGAAAAAACAGGAUUUAAAUCGCGUGAACUUAAAAGCGUUUAUGUAGACUCUCCUGCUUUAUACUUAAAAUUAUCUUUUCAUAAAAACCAUAACAAUAAAUACAACACUUUCAAUCAAAUUGGUGUAAUUGCUCUCAGUUGCUUUGGAGAUGAUUUAACUAACAUGAAAUAAAAUAUAGAGCCUGUUAAAGAGUUCUACAAUCAAAUUUAAUAUUAAACUUAGUUUGACCAUGUUACUUUAGAUAGACUUCGUACUUUAGAAAUGGCAAAAGAGAGAGCUGUUAAAAAUGAUGAUUUCGAUGAAGCACAAAGAUUAAAAGAAGCUAUUGAUAAGCUUAAAGCAAUUGGUAUUUAAUUGAGACAAUUAAAUGAAAGAAAAUAAAUUGCAACAGAAAAUGAAGACUAUGAUGCUGCAAAAAUUAUCAAAGCAGAGAUAGACAGACUUAGAAAUGCAGUUGCUCCUGAAUAUUUAAUUUAAAAACCUUAGCCUUUAUAAUAUAAUUCUAAUAUUCCUUACAAUUCAAACCAGUUUUAACCAUUAAUGCAAGAUCCUAUUAUUCCUUCAAACUAGCCUGAUAUGUGGAGCAGUAAGCCUGUUAGCAAGCCAUCCAACAAUAAUUUUAAAGCUGAAAACGAUGAAUAUGGCAAUUAAUUAAAUAAAAUCGAAGAAGCUCCUUUAGUUGAGUAAGAAACUACUGAAAUGGCCAGACAACAUAGAUCUAGUGUGUAGCAACCAUAGUAUGAGGAGUCAAAAUAAGAUAAAAUUUAAAAAUAAAAAUUCGAAGAAUAAUUUAUGUUCAACAACAGAACUAAUCAGGGAAGUAAUCACGAUGAGAUGCAACUUCCUGCAAUGAAAAACAAGUAAAAUAAAAAACCAUGGGAAUUAGAUGAUGCUUAUGCAAAUGGCUAGGCACCUGAAUCUGUUCAAUAAAACUCUGUAGGAGAAACUGAAUAGCUUUCAGGAGCAGCAAAAUAGUAAGCGGAACCUUUAAUUCCAGUUAUUGGUGAUGAAUGUGCAGCAAAAAUUUUUUCAAAAAGCUGGUAAAUAAGAGAAGAAGGCUUAAAAUGGUUAGAAGCUGAGGCCCAGAAUCCAAGAAGUAUAAAUGGAAGUGAUCCAUAAGCACUUUUUACAGCAGUCAUUGGUGUUUGUUCUGCAACAAUAGCAGACAAAGUUGCUUAGGUCUCUCAAGCUUCUAUGAAUUUAUUACAAGCAUUAUGCAAUUCAAGAAGUGCAAAACCAACUUCAGUUAAAGGUGAAACAGGAAGUUAUGUUGAUAAUUGUAUUGGACUGUUAAUGGAACAAGCAGGUCAUCAUGUCCCUAAGGUUAGAGAAUAAGCUGAAUAAGCUUUGUUUGCUUUGGGAAGUGUUCCAAUUAUUGGAAAUCAAACAAUAGUUUAAUCUCUAAGCAAAGGAUCUGGACUAAAACCUAAAAUGCAAUCUUCUAUCAAGCAUAUUGUAGCAAGAUUGAACAUUCUUCAAUAGUUUUCAAAAAGAUUUUCAAUUGGUAAAAAAGAUGUUCCUCUUGCUCCUGUUAUGGAGUACGCUGCUAAACAAAUGGUUCAUGCAAACAACGAAGUUAGAACAUCAGCUAUUAAUUUGAUAACAGAAGCAUAUAACCAAGUUGGAGAAGGAUAAAUUGAGCCAUAUAUUGCAAAUUUACCUGAAUAACAAAGAGAUAUCUUAUCAGAAGCUUUCUCACAAAAUGGUGGUGGAGGUGGCAAAAAUAGUUCACCUUAAAAAUAAGAAAAAAAAACUGUUGUCACAACAAAUAUAUAACACUAAGGAGCAAGACACGAUGAUAAGGGUCCUAAUAAGAAAGGUAAACAACCUUCAGCUAAUGAUAAAUCUCCCUCGUAAAAAGAUAGUAAAAAAUAAAAUAAUUCUUCUAAAAUGUAAGCAAGUGAUGUCAUGGAAGUUUGUGAAUUUUGUCAUGUUCAUAACCCAACAUUUGCAGAUAAAAAAGAUUUAGAUAUUCACUUAUGGAGAGAAUGUCCCAUGCUACUACUUUGCCCUCAUUGUGCUCAAGUUGUUGAGGUUUCAGCUUAUAAUCAACAUUUACUAGAGGAAUGCAAGAAGGCUAUGAAAUUCCGCCAGUGUCCUAGAUGCAAAGAAGCUAUUUCUGUAACAGAAUACAAUGACCAUGUAAAGGAGAAGUCUUGCUUGCCUCAUAAAUCUCCUAGUGUAGCUAAUAGAUGUCCUCUUUGUCAUUAAGAUAUUGAGUAAGGACCUGAAGGCUGGCGUAAGCAUUUAGUUGUCCAAGGCUGUCCAAAUAAUGAACGCUCUACAGGCUGA